GGCGCAGCAGGAGGAGGAGGGGGGGGUGCUGUGAGGCCCGGUUUCGCGCCUGUUUGAGCAGCCUCUGCGCGGGGCCUGAGGGGCGGCGGCCAUGGGCAAGCGGGUGGCCCUGGUUCUCGCUGGCUGCGGCGUCUUCGAUGGCAGCGAGAUUCACGAGGCCUCGGCGGCGCUGGUGCACCUCAGCCGCGGCGGCGCGGAGGUGAAGAUAUUUGCCCCCAAUAUUGAGCAAAGGGAUGUAGUCAAUCACCUAAAAGGAAGUCCAUCAGAAGAGAAGAGAAAUGUGUUAGUUGAAAGUGCCAGAUUGGCAAGAGGAAACAUUCAGGAUUUGACCGAACUGAAAGCUGAUGAAUUUGAUGCGGUCAUUUUCCCUGGUGGUUUUGGUGUAGCAAAGAACCUGUGUUCCUGGGCUGUAGAUGGCAAGAACUGUACUGUCAAUGAGCAUGUGAACUCCACACUCCAAGCUUUCCACAGUGCUAAAAAGCCCAUCGGUUUGUGCUGUAUAUCGCCAGUCCUGGCCGCUAAAGUGUUUCCUGGUUGUGAGGUCACGGUCGGCCAAGAUAAAAACGUAGAUGGAAGAUUUCCUGAUGCUGAAACAGCAUCUGCUAUAGCAGAGCUUGGAUGUAAGCACAUUUGCAAGAAUGUAAAUGAAUCCCACGUGGAUAAAGCCAAUAAAAUAGUUACUACCUGUGCUUUCAUGUGCAAGGCUCCUCUGCAUGAGAUUUUUGAUGGAAUUGGAACAAUGGUACAGGAAGUCCUCAAACUUGCCUGACUGGAAGCGUACAGACUUCUGCAAGGAAAUCAAAUUAGCUAAACAUAAGCAUUUAGCUUCGAUUGUAUUAAUAAAAUAAUGCAACUAUUAAACUUCA